GGUGGUGUGAUGGUCUGGGAUCUGUUUUUCUCUGAACCCACAGCUGUGCUCAAAGUUCAUUUAUAAAUAAACCAUGUGAGCACAAACCUCUCCUUCAUGUCUUGUUUCCUUUCUCUGUCACGAGCUCUGGUUCUGUCCAGCUGCCGCAGCAGAACUGCUUCCUGGAAAAAAACAAACCUACUGAACCGCUUCUGCUUUUACUGCCAGGCGUCUCUGCUGGUCCUGGUCUCCUCCGCUGCCUGGUCUCUGUGUGCGGCUGAUGUUGGAGAUUUCACCCCGUGUCUGCACUUCUUCUACAAAUCCUGGCCCCCUAAAGGUCUGGAUGGGACCCCGAUCUGCCAGCGCUACAACAACUCGUACUGCUUUGCCUCGUUGUACAGUCGACCUCGCCGCUCGCCGUGGCUCUCGGGUUAUCUGUACACAGCACCCACAGGAAAAAGACCCAAAGCCAACUGGAAGUAUGAGCCCCAGACUCACCUCAGAGUUCUUCUGUCUCGUACCCAGCUGGCGUACCCAGAAGCAGAUGGCAACAUGAUGCCCUUCCUGCCAGGACCCAUGGACCUGAAGGUGGUGGAAAGCCAGGCAGUGGAGCUGGACUACAUUAACUCCACCUUUACUCGUGGUCAUUUGAAUCCCAGCCUUCACCACCGGACCAAAGCGAGGCGCUCCGCCACCUUCACCCUCACCAACGUGGUCCCUCAGAAAACGGGCUCCAACGACGGACCCUGGGAAUUCCUGGAGCAGACCGUCAAUGAGAGCUUAUCAACCUACUGCCUCGGCGAGGCCUACAUUGUGACCGGCAUCAUCCCUUACAGGGGCAAAGAUCCAAGGAUCAAGAACCGUGUGGCGGUACCAGAGUACAUGUGGUCUGCGUACUGCUGCCCAGAAUACAACCACAGUCUGCCUGAAGAACUGAAGGACACCUUCCCCACGUUUGCCGCCAUCGGACGCAACGACCAAAACAGCACUGAGGAGAUUGUGCCGAUUGACCAGACGGCGAAGAAACAGUUCAGGGGCUACGACGUGAGACCGAUGUCUCUGAAGACUCUGGAGAUGUACCUGAAGGACAGGUUCAACACCGUCAUCACCGUGUUUUAUGAGCAGUGUGCUGAAGCAAAUUGAGCCUUUAUUUUAUAUCAUUAAAGACUCAAAUGAUGUCA